AUGAGCCAAGAAACUCUCAAUGGAAUCAAUGGCAUUUUGUCUGACGUCCAAGGUUUUGGAUAGGAAAGUUAUAGAUUCCUCAGAAAAUGCACAAAACCAGAUAAAAGAGGUAUAUCCCUUUAAUAUUCAAAUUAGAGUAUAUCAAAAUCGCAACAUCAUGUGCGAUCGGAUUUGCAGUAAUGGGAGCUGUUGGAUACUUCAUCAAACUAGUCUUCAUUCCAAUUAACAAUAUUAUUUUGAGUGCAAAUUGA